AAAAACAUCAACAAAGAUUUUUUUGAUGAUGGAACCAUGUCAUUUUUCUGGCGAGCCCACAGAAUAUCAGCUCUCAUCAUUUUCAUUUUAGUUCUCUUAUAUGUUACAUUGUAUGAUGAUGCCACAAACAAUUCUGAUUAUAACACAAAAAGAGGAAUUAUAGCUGUAAUAAUAUCUUUUGUGGUGUUUGGGGUGACGAUCACACCUGAUGGUCCUUUUAGAAGACCUCAUCCAGCUCUUUGGAGGUUGAUGCUUGUUCUGAGCAUAGUUUACGAACUCUUACUCAUCUUCGUUCUUUUCCAAACUGCUGAUGAUGCUAGGUUGCUGUUGCGACACAUUGAUCCAGGCCUCGGCGUUCCUCUGCCGGAAAAAAGUUAUGGAGGAAAUUGUGAAUUAUAUGAUUCGUCUCGACCUGACAAUCCAUUCCACAAUGUUAAGGACAAGAUGGAUAGUUUUGUUGCUGUGCACUUUUUUGGCUGGUGGACAAAGACAUUAAUUGUUCGAGAUUGGUGGCUGUGCACUGUGACAAGUAUUCUUUUUGAAGUUUUGGAAUACACACUGGAACAUCAGCUGCCAAAUUUUUCAGAAUGCUGGUGGGACCAUUGGUUGAUGGAUGCAUUGAUAUGCAAUGGACUAGGAAUAGUGCUGGGCAUGAAGACUGUCAAGUAUCUUUCCAUGAAAACGUACCACUGGAGAGGUCUGUGGACCUACCCAACAUACAGAGGCAAAUUUAGUCGAAUCCUGAAGCAGUUCACUCCAUACAUAUACACAGAUUUUGACUGGAGACCGACACAGAGUCUGAAGAGGUGGUUGUCCAUGCUACUCAUUGUUGCAGGUAUACUUAUUUGUGAGCUGAACGCCUUCACUUUGAAGUUUGUACUCUGGGUUCCUCCCUCACACUUCUUGUGCCUUGCUCGUUUGGUUCUUUUUAUAUUCUGGGGAGCUGUUUCUCUGCGUGAAGUUUUUCAAUUCUUGGACGACCCGCAAUGCCACAAAUUUGGUGCUCAAUCGACAUUGGCAAUAGCAAUAAUGAUAACAGAAGUGUUGAUUGCGUUUAAAUUUGAUUGGAACACAUUCACAAAGCCCCUGCCUCCACACGUCAUUAACAUGCUUCUGAUUGGUGCCUUAGCAUUAAUUGUAUGGACAUUGUGGCAUUUCUACUUUCAA